UGAUUCUGAUUCAAUGCACCUCCUCGUAGAUUUAGCUAAAAAAAAAAAUUAUAAAUUUGGUUCAAAAAUAGGACACAAAAUACUGACACCUCAUGCAGAUGAAUUUUGCAAUGCCAACCAAAGCGGAAUUCUUACUAGUGCAAGUACCUAUUUUACCACAAUAUUCAAUAUAUUUUCCAAGCUCUACGACUAUGCCCCCUCAAAAAUCAAUUAAUAAAGCUCUAAAUUUAUAAACUUUUUAAUUUUACGGUACAUGCUUACAAUUUUUUUGGCCGUUUGAUGUAACACUCUUAAUAGUAUUGCUUGCCAAUUUGGUUUCUGUCUUAUCACCAUGAAGUCAAUUUCCAAUUUUGCUUCUUACCAGUUGUAGCCGGACAGUUGUAGUUGUAGAAGCUGCAGAGGUUCAGUUUUAGUUGUUGGAGAUUCAUUUGCUUUUGGUGGAUCCUCUAUCGCAACCAACAGCAAUUAUUACCAAUCAACCCGAAGGCAAGCGCAAAAGUAAAAAUUAAAAAAAAAAAACAUAUUAUCUUGAAAAUAGUUUCGCGUAAAUUGUUGCGUCGAGCUCAUCCCGACGUCUAUAUCUUCACUAGUCGCGUCGUGGACUCAAAACGGCUCGGGAACUCUAUUAAAUUUAGAAAACUUGUGGUCUCUGCCUCUCUAAUUUACGAUUACAUUCUUUGUGAUGGACUAAACCGAGAAAUAAAUUUAGGAUUGGAUUAAAAUCUAAAAAAAAAAAAAAAAUAACACAAAAGUUUCGUGUCACAUCUUUUUAAAAAUACAAAGUUUAAAUUUGGAGACGAUGGAGAGGAUUUUGAAAAUAUCGUUUGGAAUAUUUCUGAUGUAUUCUGUUACCAUCUCAAUGGCAUUCGACGAAGAACUUAUUCAAAAAGGCGAAUUAAGGAAAGCAUGCUCAAAAAGAGGAAAUGCUGCGCCCCCACCUCAAAGAGUAAAUACCACCAUGAGGUUAAUCGCAUUACGAGAGCUGAUGAGUUCGGAAGUUCGAUUAUUCACUCAUCCCGUCGAUGCGUACCUAAUCACGUCCAGUGAUGAGCAUCAGAGCGUAGAAGUAGCCGAUUACGACAAAAGACGAGAAUAUAUUUCAGGCUUUAGUGGAAGUUACGGAGAUGCUAUAGUUACCAUGGACAAAGCUAUUUUGUGGACGGAUGGACGUUAUCAUUUGCAGGCCGAUGAACAGAUCGAUUGUAAUUGGUUGCUUAUGAGGGAAGGACACAAAAACAUUCCUACGAGAUCUCAGUGGCUGAAAUCGCAAUUUCCAAAAGGUGCCAGGCUAGGUGCCAACCCGCAAAUAAUAUCCGAAUACAUGUGGAGAAAAUUGACGCACGAAUUGGCUGAAGCUAAAAUCGAAUUGGUUGCUCUAAAUGUGAGCCUCAUCGAUGAAAUUUGGCCCAAAAACGAAAGACCGGCCAAACUGAAUAAAGACGCUUUUGUUUGGGAUAUUAAAUAUGCAGGCAAAAACUUUACGACGAAAAUAAAAGAAGUUCGUGAAUUAGUUAAAAAAGCUGGAGCAGAUGCAAUGGUGGUAACGUCACUAGAUGAAAUUGCUUGGCUACUGAACAUUCGAGGCAGAGACAUUCCACUUUCACCAUUUCUAAGAAGCUACCUCAUUUUCGAUAUGGAUGAUGCAUUUUUAUAUGUUAACUGGAAGCAGCUGGAAAAAAAUGAUGUUUUCAGAUAUUUACAUGCAAAGUUUGAAUUUAAACAUAAUGAUACAGUACAAAUACGAAACUAUACAGAAAUAUGGACAGAUCUCAGAAUCAAGUCUCAACUAUACCAAAAAAUUUUAAUACCAUCUCAUUGCGUUUACAGUGAAGGUGCCAGUCAUGCCAUUUAUGAGCAUAUUUUUGCUGAUAAAAGACUGCCACACCAAUCACCAAUAAUUUAUUUAAAAUCCGUCAAAAAUCCUGUGGAAAUCGAAGGAAUGAAAAUUGCACAUAUCAAAGAUGGAGCUGCUAUGUGCAAAUUUUUUGCUUAUAUUGAGGCACAAAUGGCAAAUGGCAAAAUAUUCUCUGAAAUGGCGAUGGCAAGUAUACUAGACGAUUUCCGAUAUCAGCAAUUACAAAGUUUAGGCAAUAGUUUUACGACUAUAAUUGGAUUUGCUGCCAAUAGUGCAAAACCUCAUUACAUUCCAACUAGAAACACCAAUGCUAAUGUUUACAAUAAUGGAACAGUUGUUAUUGAGUCUGGAGCCCAAUAUUAUGAGGGUACAACAAGUGUAACAAGAACAAUUCACUAUGGCGAACCUGAUAGUUUAAUGAAAGACGCCUAUACUAGGGUGCUGAUAGGCCAGAUGGCUUUUGCAGGUUUAACUUUUCCAAAUAACAUGAAAAUGGCAGACUCUGAUGUUUUAGUUCGGAAGUCUUUAUGGGAAGUAGGUUUGGAUUAUUUGCAUGAAACUGGCCAUGGGAUUGGAACUUUUUUAGGCGUUAAAGAAUCUCCUAUUGCUAUACAGUAUGAUUUGGAAGUUGCAACCAAGCAGACGUUCAAAUCUGGACAGUUUUUCACAGUUGAACCGGGUUAUUACAGAGAAGGUUACUUUGGAGUAAGACUACAAAACGUUUACCAAGUAAUCGAUAAACCAUGGUUGCAACACACUUCUGGUCACAAAUACAUUGGAUUUAAGACGUUAACUUUGGUUCCUUACCAGCAGAAAAUGUUUGCAUUUGAGCAACUUUCAACACAACAGAGAAAAUGGUUGAAUCGUUAUAAUGAAGAGAUUCGUCAAGAAGUUGGGGCAGAGCUGAAACGGCACAACAGUAUGGAAGGCUUCUAUUGGAUGAUGGAAAAUACUAAAUACAUUCCUGAAAAUGGCGCAGCAAUUAUUUCAACAAGAUUCACGUUAAUAUCCGCAUUAGUUUUGAGCCUGAAAUUCCUAUGAAUUGAAAACUAAUUUUAACUAUUUUAUCAGUAUUUCUGUGUUCAUUGUUAUUAGGGAAAUAUAUGUGGCUUAUUUAUCUAUAUUGAUGUUUGUAAAGAGCAUAGAUAAUGAAUAUAUUUUUUUAUAGUUUCAUUUUGAAAAUUACCAUAGGUAUAAUGCACGAUAUUUUUAAUUUAAUUAAAAUAUUUUUAUGAAAAAGCUU